AUGUGGAAAGACAAUAAAUUAGUAACAUUAUUAUCCUCAUAUGCUGGUAAAAAUCCAACCUCACAAGUAAAACGUUUUUUCAAAAAAGAAAAAAAAUCAAUAAACAUCACUUGUCCAUAUGUAAUAGAAGUUUACAAUAAGCAUAUGGGCGGUGUUGAUUUGUUAGAUGCUAACAUUGGGAGGUACAAAAUACGUAUCAAAUCCAGAAAAUGGUAUAUGAAGUUAUUUUAUCAUAUGUUGGAUGUAACUAACUCUUGGAUAUUAUAUAAACGUAUCCAAACCGAAAAUGGAAAUAAACAUAUUAUGAGUUUAGCUGAUUUUAGAGAGGACUUAGCUGUGAUAUUAUGUAAGCAGGGUAAACCAAUAACUCCAAAAAGAGGUAGACCUUUAGUACCUGUAAGUAAUCUUACAGAUAGAAAAAUAAAUAUAAGUACAGUUCCACAUGCGGUUUGUUUGGAUGCGUCUUCUCAUUGGCCUAAUUGGGAUGAAAUUAUGAAAAAGUGGAAAUUUCCCAGUUGUAAAGGAAUUACUUUUGUUAAAUGCAAAAAAUGCAACAAACAUUUAUGUUUUACCAAAAACAGUAACUGUUUUAAAAAAUUCCAUACUACUAACCUAACCUAA